CCCAAAACCCCAAUUUUCCCUUCACUUGUCCACAGUGCUUGUAUUUAGUUUAGAGCUCAAUGAACAAGAACACAGAGAAUCAAGAACCUCUUUAAUCUAAAACCCCUCAAAAAACCCUAUUCUUAUUAAAAACAAAAAAAGUCCUCCAUUACCAUAACCAUGAGAAUCCCCACCAAGUCCCUAACCAGUCUCUUCACUCUCACUGGCAAACCACUCGCUCGCACUCUCUGCACGGCCACCGAGACUCGCACCCAGAAGCUCGAGCGAAUCGCCGACGAGAUCCGAGACCUCACCAAGCUCGAACGCUACGACUACUCCGUCCUCUGGAGGCACAAGAUGGGCCUCAACAAGUACGGCCCAGCAAUCUCCGGGCUCGGCCCAUCCUCGGCUUCCGGAUCCGGAGCCGGGUCGGGCGAGGAGGCCAAGGCCGCCGAGAAGAGCGCGUUCGAUUUGAAGCUGGAGAAGUACGACGCGGCGGCGAAGAUCAAAAUCAUAAAGGAGGUGAGGACGUUCACGGAUUUGGGGUUGAAGGAGGCCAAGGAAUUGGUCGAGAAAGUCCCUGUGGUGUUGAAGAAAAGUCUCACCAAAGAAGAGGCCGAACCCAUUCUCGCUAAGCUCAAGGAAUUGGGUGCCACUGUGGUAUUGGAAUAAAGAUUGAUUUUUGUUUUUUUUUAAUGUUUAAAUGUAGAAUAAUGGUUGUUCUUAGAUUAAUGAGAAAUGAGAAAUUCUGAGAUUUUUUGUUUUUGAGAGUGGGGGUUUAUGUUAUUGGGGGGCUUGAAAGCCGAAUCUGGGUGAGUUUGUGAUCCCAGUUUUACUAAUGAGAAAUGUUUCUGUUCAAAUU